AUGGAAGGGGAUCCGUCUGCAGCCGCGACUCGCGUCCCCAUAAAGCUUCCAGGUAACGUGUUGGAGUUGCUCGAAGCUUCUGCGCAGUUGAAUAUGCCCCUCGAGGUCCGACUGGUGAUUGCACUGGUGGCCCUCUUGCUCUUUCUACUGCUCCUCAUUAUGGUGCUCUGGGACCGCUACGGGAAAGAGAUCGGGGAGCUCUACACAUCUCCUAUGGGCACGAAAACCCAGGAACAAAACGCCAGCGACGUCAAGGUACACGAUGUCGCAGACGAGUUCACGAUGUACCAGAAACUCCCGACUUUCUUCUACGAGUACGUGCCAAGACCAAAGAAACACAACUAA